AUGCCUCGCGUCACUCCGGCUUUGAAAAGCGGCGCGGCUCCUUCAAGAUGGCGGAGCUCGAGCAGCUGCUGGACGAGAGCUCUUCGGCUAAAGCUCUUGUCAGUCUGAAAGAAGGAAGUUUGUCAAACACUUUAAAUGAGAAAAACAACCUACCAAAAUCUCAGAACACCAGGGGAAGGAGCAGCUACAUGUCUAUGGAAACGCCGACGAGAAGCUCAAAGAGGAGUCGUUUUUCCUCUGAGGAGGAGGAGCGGCCGCUCAGCUCCAGAUCCCCCAGGAGGAGCCAGCGUGUCACCACUGUGCCUCAGAAACUUGCAAAUGUCACAACACCAGAUAAAAGGGCUUCACAGAAGAUUGGAUUAAGAUUACGAAACCUGCUCAAACUGCCCAAAGCUCACAAAUGGUGCAUCUAUGAGUGGUUUUAUUCUAAUAUUGACAAACCAUUAUUUGAAGGAGACAAUGACUUCUGUUUGUGCCUGAAGGAGUCUUUCCCUAAUCUGAAAACAAGAAAGCUGACCAGGGUGGAAUGGGGAACCAUCAGACGACUAAUGGGCAAACCCAGAAGGUGUUCCUCUGCAUUCUUUGCUGAGGAGCGAACAGCGUUGAAGCAGAAGAGGCAGAAGAUGCGUUUGUUGCAACAGAGAAAGAUCACAGACAUAUCACAUUGCAAAGAUCUGCCAGAUGAGAUCCCUUUACCAUUAGUCAUUGGCACUAAAGUCACUGCUCGACUCAGAGGACUCCAUGACGGCCUGUUUACUGGACAGAUUGAUGCAGUGGAUACAAGUGCAGCAACGUAUCGCGUUACCUUUGACAGAAGUGGACUUGGCACACAUACAGUUCCAGACUAUGAAGUGCUUAGUAAUGAGCCUCAUGAGACGAUGCCCAUAUCCGCCUUUGCCCAGAAACAACGUCCAUCUCGCUUUCAGAACUUUCUGACUCCUCCACGUGGGUCUUAUCCAGGUUCAACCCAACCCAUCUUAAUGGACAAUGAUCCUCUGUUUAGUCAGUCACCCUGGAGAAGUAAACUGACUGGAGGUGAUGGAGACACCCUGGGAGGGUUUCCUGUCAAAUUUCUUGUCCAGGUGACACGAUUGUCCAAAAUCCUCAUGAUAAAGAAGGAACACAUAAAGCAUCUAAAAGAGAUGAAUACUGAAGCUGAAAAACUGAAGUCCUACUCCAUGCAGAUUGGGUUAGACUUUCAGAAGAGGUAUGCGACCACAGUACUGGACCUGGAGCAGCUUAAUAAAGACCUAAACAAAGUCCUACAUGAGGUUCAGCAGUUCUGUUAUGAGCUGGCCCCAGAUCAAGGCAUGCAGCCUGCAGAUCAGCCCAGUGAGCUGCGGAGGCGCUGUGAGGAGGAAGCUCAGGAUGUGAUGAGGUUGUCCAAUGCAUUGCCGGAUGGGGAACAGCGUGUCCAGAGCCCCAGCCUUACUCAGCUCGUUUCUCGACUCACUGCCCUCCUGCUGCAGAUCAGGUGCUUGGCAGAAGGUGGUGACCUGAAUUCAUUCGAGUUUAAGUCGUUAACGGAUUCCCUGAACGACAUUAAGAGUUCGAUAGACAGUUCCAAUCUCAGCUGUUUCCAGGACAAUGUGGAGAUCCAUGUAGCACACAUCCAGAGUGGCCUGAGCCAGCUGGGUAACCUCCAUGCUUUCUCUGCUAACAACACCAACAGAACGUGACUGAAACAGAGACCAGACAAAACCCCUGUCUCAAAACAUGGACUCUGAGCCAUCUCUGCGCCCACAGCCACUUUUUGUGCACAUUUUCUUGGACAUAUUUAGGAAAUUAAGCUCAUAUGUUCACUGACUGAAACCUUGAGCAGGUCAUGUGUCAAAUAGAAGUUGUUUUUUGUUUUUUGUUUUUUUUUCCCUGUCUUAAACAAGCAGAUAUGCUUGAGCAGUGGAGCAGCCUAUUAAAUUGCAGAAGUGAGAAGUAGUAAUUUUACUGAUCAGUCAGUAUGUUCAUUCACCAUUAACUGUUAAUGCUUACACUAAGAUUUUUAUGCUCCCUCGCAAAAAGGGAAAUUGAUUUGCAACCUCUACACUUUUGAGUGCUCCCCACAGAGAUAAUCGCACUGUCCAUUUUUGAAAUGUACAUUGUAGAUAAUUGUACAGUUUACUCACAUUGUUGAUGCAUUGGCUGUGUAUGUGUCAAUGUGGAUGUUUUAUAACUACUUUUAAGUAUUUUUGUAAAGAAUCAGAUUUGAUUUAUAAAAGACCCAGCAUACAGUUGUAGACAGCUAUGUGGGUGGCACCCAUCAGAUUGUUGUCUCCACAUGGCUACACCCUCCCCAUCUGAGGAGUAAUUGCCAAUACAUCACUGGUGUAUGUUCAUUUAGGUGUUGAUUUUGCUUUUAGGUAAUUUUCACCAGUUGUUUUUAUUUAACUGGUAACUGUAAACUGCAAAUGUGUAUAUACAUUUUGUUAAUUUCUAUUAAAUGUCAGAUGCAGAAAAUAGUUUUCCUGCAUUUUUGUAGUGAGGCAGACUUUUCAUGUACAUUUGAAUUCUUUUAUUAUAUAUAUUUUUUUCCAACAGUGAUACAGUGCAACUAUUUAAAUAUAAAAUAAAUAAUUGAU